AUGUCGCAGAUGCUGCACAUCGAGAUCCCCAACUUCGGGAACACUGUGCUCGGCUGCCUCAAUGAGCAGCGCCUGCUGGGCCUCUACUGUGAUGUGUCCAUUGUGGUCAAAGGCCAGGCUUUCAAGGCCCACCGGGCCGUCCUGGCCGCUAGCAGCCUGUACUUCCGCGACCUGUUCAGCGGCAACAGUAAGAGCGCGUUCGAGCUGCCGGGCACCGUGCCGCCCGCCUGCUUCCAGCAGAUCCUGUCCUUCUGCUACACGGGCAGGCUGACCAUGGCGGCCAGCGAGCAGCUCGUGGUCAUGUACACGGCCGGCUUCCUGCAGAUCCAGCACAUUGUGGAGCGCGGCACAGACCUCAUGUUCAAGGUGAGCUCGCCCCACUGUGACUCGCAGACCGCCAUGAUCGAGGACGCCAGCUCUGAGCCCCAGAGCCCCUGCACCCAGCUGCAGCCGGCCGCCCCUGCAGCCCCCCCCUACGUCGUGUCCCCCUCCGUGCCCAUCCCACUGCUGACCCGUGUGAAGCAUGAAGCCAUGGAGCUGCCGCCGGCCGCCGGCCCAGGCCUGGCCCCCAAGCGCCCACUGGAGACGGGGCCCCGGGAUGGCACAGCGGUGGCGGGCGCCACGGUGGCGGGCGCAGCCCCUCUCAAGCUGCCCCGGGUCUCCUACUACGGGGUGCCCAGCCUGGCCACCCUCAUCCCCAGCAUCCAGCAGGUGCCCUACUCCCAGGGGGAGCGGACCAGCCCGGGGGCCAGCAGCCUGCCCACCACCGACAGCCCCACGUCUUACCACAACGAGGAGGAUGAGGAGGAUGACGAGGCCUACGACACCAUGGUGGAGGAGCAGUACGGCCAGAUGUACAUCAAGGCUACCGGCAGCUACGCAGUGCAAGAGAAGCCGGAGCCUGUGCCACUGGAGAGCCGCUCCUGUGUACUCAUCCGCCGCGACCUCGUGGCCCUGCCCGCCAGCCUCAUCAGCCAGAUCGGGUACCGCUGUCACCCCAAGCUCUACUCAGAAGGGGACCCCGGCGAGAAGCUGGAGCUGGUAGCAGGCUCCGGGGUCUACAUCACGCGCGGUCAGCUGAUGAACUGCCACCUCUGUGCAGGGGUGAAGCACAAGGUCCUGCUGCGGCGGCUGCUCGCCACGUUCUUUGACAGGAACACUCUGGCCAACAGCUGUGGCACUGGCAUCCGUUCCUCCACCAGCGACCCAAGCCGCAAGCCUCUGGACAGCCGGGUUCUGAACGCUGUGAAACUGUACUGUCAGAACUUUGCCCCCAGCUUCAAGGAGAGCGAGAUGAACGUCAUCGCGGCGGACAUGUGCACCAACGCGCGCCGCGUCCGCAAGCGCUGGCUGCCCAAGAUCAAGUCCAUGCUGCCCGAGGGUGUGGAGAUGUACCGCACAGUCAUGGGCUCCUCGGCCGCCGGCGUGCCCCUCGACCCUGACUUCCCGCCCGCCGCGGCGCAGGUGUUCGAGCAGCGCAUCUACGCCGAGCGGCGGGGCGACGCCGCCACCAUCGUGGCUCUGAGGACUGACGCCGUGAACGUCGACCUGAGCGCUGCCGCCAACCCCAGCUUCGAUGCGGGCGAGGAGGCGGACGGGGCCGGCUCGGUCAUCCAGGAGGUGGCCGCGCCCGAACCGCCGCCACCCGCUGCCGCGCAGAGCCCCCCGGCGCCCUUCGAGCAGGGCAGCGCCAGCUCCAGCCGGCCGCAGACGCCCGCGGCGCCCCGGAGACAGGAGGCGUCCUACGCGGGGACCUUGUAG